CGUGUGUCUGGAGCGCUUAUUCCGCUGGAUGUUACUGAUCCACGCUAGUGAACACACCGAGAAGCGCUGUAUCCCUUCAUUCGCUCAGAAACACAUCGGGUUGCGGAUUUAAACCUGGAUUGAGAUACAGUAUCAGUUUAUGCCGUCUAAUAUUCCGCUUAAAACUGGACCUGUUUGUAAAUACAGCAUAUUAAACCCCUCAUUGUAAAGCAUACAUCUGUGUCUGAGCGCGUUCUCAUCACACCGUUUCCUUAUUUUGUUUUUAUCUGCAGAUAUGGAAGAAGAUAAUCAAGUCCCUGAAGAUCUGUCCUUAGAGGAGAAAGAUGAGCUCUACAACAUACGGCGCAGGAAAAAAGAACUGCUUGAUGAUAUUGAGCGGCUGAAGUUUGAGAUCGCUGAAGUGAUGACAGAAAUCGAGCAGCUCACGUGUGUGGGCGAGAGCAAAACAACACAGAGAAACAAACAAAUUGCAAUGGGAAGAAAGAAAUUCAACAUGGACCCCAAAAAAGGGAUCCAGUUUCUGCUGGAGAACGACCUCCUGCAACAGACCCCUGAAGACAUCGCUCAGUUCCUCUAUAAAGGCGAAGGCUUGAACAAAACUGUUAUCGGGGAUUACUUGGGGGAACGGGAUGAUUUCAACAUCAAAGUGCUCCAGGCUUUCGUAGAGCUCCAUGAAUUUUCCGACCUCAACCUCGUUCAGGCGCUGAGGCAGUUUCUCUGGAGUUUCAGGCUUCCUGGUGAGGCCCAGAAGAUCGACAGAAUGAUGGAGGCGUUUGCGUCCCGGUACUGCCAGUGCAACCCCGGCGUCUUUCAGUCCACAGACACAUGUUAUGUCCUGUCCUUUUCCAUCAUCAUGUUAAACACCAGUCUUCACAAUCCCAACGUCCGGGACAAACCCGCAGUGGAGCGUUUCAUCUCCAUGAACCGAGGCAUUAAUGAAGGAGGAGACCUGCCAGAAGAUCUGCUCCGGAACCUGUACGAGAGCAUCAAGAGCGAGCCCUUCAAAAUCCCUGAAGAUGAUGGCAACGACCUGACACACACGUUCUUCAACCCGGACCGAGAGGGCUGGCUGCUGAAGUUAGGUGGACGUGUAAAAACGUGGAAGAGGAGAUGGUUUAUUCUGACCGACAACUGCCUGUACUAUUUUGAGUACACAACAGACAAGGAACCACGUGGAAUUAUUCCACUGGAGAACCUCAGCAUCAGAGAGGUGGAGGAGCCCCGAAAACCUAACUGCUUCGAGUUGUACAAUCCCAACCAUAAAGGGCAGGUGAUCAAGGCGUGUAAGACGGAGGCAGAUGGGAGGGUGGUGGAGGGAAACCACGUCGUCUACAGGAUAUCAGCCCCCACACCAGAGGAGAAGGAGGAAUGGAUCAAAUCCAUUAAAGCGAGCAUCAGCCGGGACCCCUUCUACGACAUGCUGGCCACCAGGAAGAGACGAAUCGCCAACAAAAAGUGAAGUCAGCAUCCAAACCGCUUCCCCUAAAGCCUAACGCACACUGCCUUCUGGGACAGCCGUUGUGCUCGAGUGCGUUUGAUGGGCCCAACAGUGGGAGAAUUCAUGUUUAUAUUCCCUUUCUUGUGUUUCUGUUCGCCCAGCUGUCCUGCUCUGUUUGUAUCUGCAUGGAUGUUGGUAUGUAUACCUGGGCAGCUCACGCGAGAGUCCAGAGGAAGUCAUUUGUGAUCUCUCACGACAGAUGUCAGAUAGAAAAGCCAUUUAUUUCAAGAGACUAGGCCCUUUCCAACACCCAGCAACCUGAACGCACAGGGCUCUGAGAGAAUAAACCUGCGUGGACGUUAUCUCUUAUGGUGCUUGAAGACGUCCUGCG